AUGGCUUCGAGCUUCUUCCGCCAGAUUCUCAAAAUCGUGUCCUUCUAUACAUUUGGGGUGCUGAAUUGGCUUCUGUAUCUGGGCCUGUUCAUCAAAACCGGUGCCUUCUUCAAGAAAGACUCGGAGCAGGACAAACUCCAAUAUGCCAUUGCUCGAGAUCAGUUCUGGAAUCUCUCCAAAGCACCACUUCCCGGCUUCAGACACUUCUUCUACACGUUGCGCAACAACCUAAAGCUGCACUAUAUCAGCAAUCGAGAGGGUGCCUCGUCAGAUAACUUGAUUGUGUUUCUGCAUGGCUUUCCUGACAGUUCAAUGAUGUGGAGGCAUCUCAUGAAAGAGCCGGCUAUGCUAUCCCUCGAAGCUACCUGUGUCUACGUCGAUUUGCCCGGAUAUGGAGGGAGUGAUAGCUUCAAGAGAUACGGCACCGAGGUGCUGGAAGCUCUCACGGAAUUUGUGGUCGCUAUGCGCGAGAAGUACAUUUCUACAGAGGUUCCUGACUCGGCCAACACGUUCAUUGUUGGCCACGAUUGGGGAUGCGUACUUGGAUUUCGGCUUGCAGUUGAUGCAUCGUGUCUAGCAGAUCGGUUCAUCCUUUCCAACGCUCCACACGUGAGUCUAGUUGAACAUGCCUUUGCCAACAAAGACCGCCUUCUGAACUCGGCCUCGAAGAUAUUCAAGCAGUUCAAGCACUCCCCAAGACGCAAUCUCGGAUGUCUCUCGAAAUCUGUGAAUACCCUCAGACCAUUAUUGUGGCAGAUAUUCUUGAUGGGCUACAUCUUCAUAUUUAACUUGCCUCCAUUCUUUGUCAAGUACAUGGGAGUCGCCGGGAACUACUCCUUCGUUAGAGGAGCCUAUCGGGCUGCUUACGGUAGAGGAUCGAAUGAGCGUCGUGUUCAGGAGUGCAUGGCGGCGUCUUUCGGCCCGGGCCCCGAGGAGUGCAAAACAUCAAGGAUAUCUAAUCCUGAUGACAGAAAUGGUGAUACAUAUGGCCCUACUGUCCUCGAGCGAGCGAAGUCUCCCAAAGAAGCAUUCUGGAAUAUGACUGGCUAUUACCGUGACGGAGUUGGAUGGAGGCCUUGGACAAAGUCCUUGGAAGCGCUUGCGGACUUGUACCCGUUCGAUGAAAUGGCGUCACACUCCAGUUCUCUCAGCCGUCGUCGAUCAUCAAUCUCGACCUCGUUGUUCGCAGAUCCGGUCAAGGGCAGUUUGAAGGCACCCACCUACGUCCUCUGGGGGGAGAAAGACCUGGCGUGUUCAAGGCCGAUCUGCUUGGAUGGGUUAGGAGACUAUCUUGGCAAAGACAGUGAAGUGACGAUACUACCUCGAAGUGGUCACUGGACGCCCGUUGCACAAGAGUCUCGCCUCGCACUGGCUACCGUCAUUAGCCUGUAUGCCGGGAGAGAUGCGAAACCUGUACCAAAAAUGACCUCUGAAGUGCAGAAAGUGUAUCCGGAUGCAGUUCUGAUGGUGAAAAAGUGA